UGCUGUUCGGGGAGUGUCGCAACCAUCAAGGGGUGUACACAGAGGACCAAAACAAAGCGCGGAGGCGGAUAUGGGGAACAAUGGGAUACCUCGACCGCGCUCUCUGCUGGCUGAUGAUGUUGCGCCAGGACUUCUGCUUCCACACCAUGGCGGAUUUGUGGGGGCCUUCAGCAGCCACAUUCCAGCGGGAGUUUGUGUGGAUGACCACGCAGGCUACAACGCUGGAAAUUCUUAACGAUGAGAUUCAAUGGCCGACGGCGGAGGAGCGCCGGGCUCAGGGAGAGUUUCUGGCCAGGGUGGCUCACCCCGAUCUCGGCAACAUUGCCUUCAUCAUCGACGGUACCAAGUCCCUCAUGCGAAUCCCGGCAAAGCCUCGGGACGGCAUCACGCAGGACCCAACGGCGGAGGUGAACGAUAUGCACUACUCCAACAACAAGGGGCUAGGGUACACCCACCAGAUCUACUGCAACAUUCGCGGCAAGCCGUUGAGGGUGGAAACGAGAAGGGGCGCCGAGUCGGACAGAGGGGCCUACAACAACUCGCGUGUUUACCUUCAGCCAACGGAGUUCCUUUCUCCGGGUGAGGUGGGCCUGGGAGACGGGGGCUACGUGGGGGAGGCGAGGGCGGACACCGGGGAGGCAAUGUGUGUGCCACUCCGUGGAGGGCAUCUGACGGAAGCCGAGAGAGGGUUCAAUGCUAGACAGCGCAGGAUCCGGGUGGUCGUGGAGAAUACUAUCGGUCAAGUAAAGAAGUGGCGGGUCAUUGGCACUGGCAAGUUCCGCCACCACCGAGACUUGGAGCCAGCGGUUUUCGAGUUGUGCACCAAGCUCACAGCGCGCAUCAUGAGGGUCAGGGACAAGUUCCCACGCAGUAAGGAAUGGCUGUGGAAGGAGUACGAGGAGUGGGAGGCAAAGCUUGGUAUUUUCCUGUUUGCUGACACCGAGAACCCGCAGUCGUACCUGGUCCACAACUUCGGGGCGGAUCUGCUGUAUAAUAGCGCGACGCCAAACGGUCGUGCCACCGUGCUGCAGCACCGUUGGAACGUUAUCUGGGGAUUAGUAAAUGAAGAUGAAGAGGCCGAGCCGGAGUGGUCGUGAAAUUCCGUCCGUAUUCUUGAUUGGAGAGGGGAAUCGGACCGCGUCGGACUGAGGAUGACGGUGUGUUUUGAAGUACUGAGUACCACCUUGCCAACCAGCUUGUGUCGAUACUGCCUUUGGCAGAUAGUCA